GAGUUAGCAAGCAGCCAUGGCUUCUGCUGGUCUUCCUUAACAUUGUUGAAGUUUCCUCUGGCCAGAGGGAGAAGAUGGCUGAGCAACUGGGUAGGAAGAAAACAAACAAACAAUUGAGGCUGGGGCACAGGAGCAGUUCUGAAAGAAGGAAAGAGAAAUCAAGGGAUGCAGCAAGAUGUAGAAGAAGCAAAGAAACUGAAGUAUUCUAUGAGUUGGCCCAUGAGCUACCAUUGCCUCACAACAUUAGCUCACAUCUGGACAAAGCAUCUAUUAUGAGGCUUGCAAUCAGUUUCUUACGGACGCACAAGCUGUUGUCUUCAGUCUGCACCCACAAUGAGAUAGAAAUUGAGACAGAUCAGCAGCUGGAUAACCUGUACCUGAAAGCUUUAGAGGGUUUUAUCACUGUCAUCACACAGGAUGGAGACAUGAUCUUUUUGUCGGAAAACAUCAGCAAAUAUAUGGGCUUGACACAGGUGGAAUUGACUGGCCACAGCAUUUUUGAUUUCACUCACCCAUGUGAUCAUGAAGAAAUUCGGGAAAAUCUAAGCUUGAAAAAUGGUCCAGGUUGUGGGAAAAAAAAUAAAGAAAUGUCCCUGGAACGUGAUUUCUUCAUGAGAAUGAAAUGCACUGUUACUAACAGAGGCAGAACUGUAAAUCUCAAAUCUGCCACAUGGAAGGUCUUGCACUGCACAGGGCAAAUUAAGGUCUAUAAUACCUGCUCUCCUCAUGCUCUGUGUGGUUAUAAGGACCCACUCUUAUCCUGCCUUAUACUGAUGUGUGAGCCUAUUCAGCAUCCUUCCAAUACUGAUAUUCCACUGGACAGCAAGACUUUCCUGAGCCGCCAUAGCAUGGACAUGAAAUUUACUUACUGUGAUGACAGGAUAACUGAAUUAGUUGGAUAUCAUCCUGAGGAGCUGCUGGGUCGUUCUGCAUAUGAAUUCUAUCAUGCACUGGAUUCUGAGAGUAUGACCAAAAGUCAUCAAAACUUGUGUGGAAAAGGUCAAGUGGUUACAGGGCAGUAUCGCAUGCUAGCCAAGCAUGGCGGCUAUGUGUGGCUUGAGACCCAAGGAACAGUCAUCUACAAUACUCGGAACUUGCAGCCUCAGUGCAUAAUUUGUGUUAACUAUGUUCUAAGUGAAAUAGAGAACAACGACAUUGUAUUCUCCAUGGAUCAGACAGAAUCACUUUUUAAGCCUCAUAUGAUGGCCAUGAACUCUAUAUAUGACCAUGGAAUUCCAGUGGCUGAUAAGAGUGACUUCUUAUUCAGCAAGCUGAAGGAAGAACCAGAAGAACUUGCUCAGUUGGCACCAACACCAGGCGAUGCAAUUAUUUCUCUUGACUUUGGAACGCAAAACUUUGAGGAAAUUCCCACCUAUAACAAAGCUGUGAUUGCUCCAAACACUCAGUGGGCUCCAGAAGGGAAGAACCAGGCAUCCCAGACUGAAAAGCUGAGUGUGCCAUCAUUUACCUUGCCCCAAGUGGCCCCUGGCAGCACUACUCCCAGCGCAAGCAGCAACAGCAGCUGUUCCACCCCAAGUAGCCCAGGAGAUUAUUACACUUCUUUAGAUGAAGACCUGAAGAUAGAGAUGAUUGAGAAGCUUUUUGCCAUGGACACAGAUGCCAAGAAUCAAUGCAGUUCACAGAGUGACUUCAAUGAACUGGAUCUUGAAACUUUGGCUCCUUAUAUUCCCAUGGAUGGAGAAGAUUUCCAGCUGAGCCCUAUCUGUCAAGAGGAACGUCCUCUGUGUGAAAGCAUCCAGCUUCCGCAGCACAGCUUAAGUAACAUGAACAGUCUCUUCCAACCACUUGCUCCUUCUUCCCAAAGCGACUUCCUGCUAGAGAAAUAUUGCCAGCCAGGAUCUGACAAAAAUAUGCCAGCAGGCCAAGGGACUCUGCCACUGGCAUUCUACAACCAUGGCAGUCAAUCGUCCUCAUUCUUGCUGCCCUACUAUGCACAAGCCAACACUCCACUGUCUUCAAUGGGUGGGAGACCAAAUACACAGUGGCCACCUGACCCACCAUUACAGUAUAUGCCAACAAAAUGGAGAGGAAUCAGCAAUAAGUCUUUAACAAGCUCUGCAUCAGACCCUCCAUCACUGCAUUUGUCCAGCAUAAGCACAGAUAGGAAAAGAUCACUGGAAAGUUUUGGACAGCGUGGCAUAGAUAUAAAUCCAGCCCGAGUUGCUCUUGCCAACAGUCUGAAGUUGAAGCGGCAGUUAGAUUAUGAGGACCAAACAUUUCAACAUCUAAAUGGGACACAAGAUGACAUAUCCGGCCUUAAUCCAACCCACUUAAUGUUGAAAAGAAUGAAACUUCUCAGAAGUGAAAACUGUGCAUUGCAUUCAGAAAAGAAGUCACUCAGCACAAGUGUCCUUAAUGAUAAGUUUCUUUAUAACCUACAAAGAUGCGCAGGCCAGCCAGUGCAUGUGAUGCAGCAACAACAGCAGGAUCUACCACUGUCCUCUGGCAAUUCUGCAAAUAAUUCCAAAGCAGUAUACUCUCCGCCUUUUUACAAAACCCCUUAUCAGGAUUUCAGUGUAUUUCAAGCUCAUAGGAUGUCAGGAGUUGCAAGUCGUCUGCUCGGGCCUUCUUUUGAACCUUAUUUGUUGCCAGAAUUAACCCGAUAUGACUGUGAGGUUAACGUUCCGGUGGCGGGCAGUUCGACACUUCUGCAAGGAGGUGACUUGCUUCAAGCUCUUGACCAAGCCACCUGAGCAAAUCUGGUUCACACACACCCCUCCCCCGCUGAUACUGUUCCGAGCAGCUGCAGUUUCAAAAUAUAUUUUUGCAAGUAGACAAUUUCUAAUACCAAUUUACAUUUUUACAAGAUUUUACUUACUUGUUGAACUUGUCCACUUUACCAAAUAGUGGCCUUUCUGAAAAGUUAACUCACGUUCUUAUUUGCUUUAAAAGAAGUAUGCAUCUACUGUAUUUUUCCUUUUAUUCCAAUAAAGUGUUCCUUAGAAAAUUUAUAUUAUAUUAUUCCCCUUUGCUGUGUGUAAUUUAUAUGUUCUGAAAUUUCCUCAAUAUUCAUGCUAAUUUAAAAAAAAAAAGGCUUUGCGUGUGCUAAUGCCUGUAUGUAAUACUUUGGCUCAAUUUAUUGCAACUGUGUCAUUUUUUUUUUUUUUUUUGCCAAAGAUUAAGUGAAAUAAAUCUUUCCCCUGAUGAUAGUCAGCAAUGCCUUAUUCAAACAGAAGAUCUAUAUGGCCAUUCCCAAACUGUUUCUUAAAUUUUCUAGUGUGCAAAAGAAUGCAAGUUUCAAUCUUUUUACAAAUCCCAAAAGAAGAGAAAAAUCUGUGUUAAUUCUAAGAAUUAAUAGUGUGUUGCCUAAUCCCUGUGAAAAUAACAAAUUGUAGUCUAAUUUAACAUUUGGGUCAGUGUCCUCAUUUAAAACUGAAUGUUCUGGUAAUGCAAACAAUGGUUUGCAAUAGUAUGCAGAGGCUAUGCAUAUCAAGAACAGAAAAUGAAGCAAAUGUGAGAAUGGAUCAUUUAGUUCCUCUGUAACAUUGCAAAUUAUCUUAAAGUGCACUCACAGAACAUGCAGCAUAGAGACUGGGCUUCAGCGUUUAUCCUGAUUUAGCUUUAAAGAGGGAUGUUUUUUCCUGUUGUGUAUCGAAGAGCCAAAGCUAUCUGGCCAAUCCCUGCCAUGAAUUUAAACAAUAUGGAAGUGCCUUCCUUACCUGAUCUUAAGAGAACUCCCACAAUUCAAUGUUUUCCUAAAUUAAAAUAGGUGGGAAAGUCGCUGACUUUUUAGGUUUUAAGCAUGUAUUUUGGAAAAGAAUCCAAAACAAUGGAACUACUGCAUUCUAUCUCAUUUAGAUCAGAAUUACUGUGGAAUCUGUCUAAUUAAGUCGAGAAUUUAAAAGAAUUGGAGAUAGUCAUAAAAAUACUAAUCUCCUAUAUUAUUGUAUAUGAUUUAAUUCCCUAAUAUUUUUUACUGAACCAUCAUGCUGAUUUGAUAGUUUUGUCUGGGUUAAAUAUUUCACAUACUGGUACUUUAUAAUAUCUUUUAAGAUAGAGGCUGAAUUAUGAAUGCUUCUUUGGGAUCCUUUUCUCCAGUUCCAUCAUUUUGUUAUGCCAUGACAAGAAUUGUCUAAAGGUUAUCAUUAACACUGCUAUUUGUAGUUUAGGCCUUUGUUUUCCCCUCUCAGCUAGCCAGCCACACCCCUCACUCUACCAAUUUGUGUUCAGAAAUAAAUACAUUUGCCUGCUUGCUUGCUUACUAUGCUACAGAAAGCAUUCUAGAUUCUGGUGCAAUUGAGAUUUUUGUCACUUUUUUUAGUAUACCUUAAUGUUGAUAAUCUUUCCAUGCAAAUAAUCUUUUAGUAGGUUUUCAAAAAACUAUUCUGAACUUUCAGAAACACUAUAAGAAAACAUGUUGGUGCUCAGGAAUUUAUUUAAAUAGAAGGAGUCCAUUUCAUUCCAUAUAGUCCUGUUUCCUUUUACUGGGCCAACAGGAACAGCUGUAUAUUCAAUUCAGUAAUAAUAUAAGCUCAAGGAAUUUAGCAGAUUUAAAUUUAUUUAUUAAAACCAUAGAACAGAUGUGUACAACCUGAGGCCCUAAGGUCUUAUCUGGCCCCCAAAAGCUUUGAACCCAACCCUUAGAGACUUCCAAAAGUUGUUACCAAACAGCAAUAUUUAAUAAGACAAGCAAACUAAAGUUAUUAAAUGUGCAAGUAGAGAUCAGUUCUGUUGUUAUUA